UACUACAUUUACCAGAAUCCUUUGCCUUGGCGUCGAAAUUUUGCGAAUAGGUCAAAUCAAACCGAUAAAUGGCAGCCAGUUAGCGCGCGUUGUAGAGUCAGGUAAAGCUGCUCGUAGUUCUUUAAUUGAGACGUGUAGUUUCGCCGGUCAGCACUGAGUGCUGCUGGGCGGUGCAGCCACACAUCGCCUGUUACAAAACGCAGCCGGUUGUUGCAUAACACAACAACACAAGUGAUGUUAAGCUCACAGUCGCCGUAUCCGGUUCUUUAUUAGGGUCUUUUAGAAAUGAGACACCAGCGAAGUCCAGUCUGAAGCAAAGACACUACUUGGAGCUGUCUCGGCAGGAACUGGUUUGUGAUUCAUUGAGCUGACCUGCCGCUAGCUGCUCAGGUGACUCAUGGCUAAUCGGCUCCUCAAAGUCUCCUCUCUAGCCACAGCAGUAUUUGCCUCAUCUGGAUUUUACCUUUAUAGCAGUCACCUGGACCUCAGUGACUUAAGUGUGAUCCGCUUUGGACGAGCUGUAGCGACUACAGCAGUCAUCAGCUACGACUAUCUCACAGCUUUCAGACACGUGGAAAAUGGCACAGACGAAUACUGGGACCUCAAGUCAAAGGUGCACAGGCGAUCGGCAGAGCGUCUUCGAGACUUGUGCUGUGCCAACCGGGGCACUUUCAUCAAAGUGGGCCAGCACCUUGGUGCUCUGGACUACCUGUUGCCCGAGGAGUACACAUCUACGUUAAAGGUGCUCCACAGCCGAGCUCCUGAGAGCAGCAUGGAGGAGAUCCAGCAGGUUAUCAGAGAAGACCUUGGGAAGGAAUUGUCAGACUUAUUUCUGUCCUUUGAAGAGAAGCCUCAGGGUGCAGCUUCCUUAGCACAGGUCCACAAGGCAGUGCUACAUGAUGGAAAGACAGUGGCGGUCAAGAUCCAACACCCCAAAGUCCAGAAACAAAGCGCCAACGACAUCCUAGUAAUGGAAGUGUUGUUGAAGGCGGUUCAUUGGCUCUUCCCGGACUUUGCCUUAAUGUGGUUGGUGGAGGAGGCUAAGAAAAACAUGCCUCUGGAGCUGGACUUCCUUAACGAGGGACGCAAUGCUGAGAAGGUGGCCGACAUGUUGGCCCACUUUCGCUUUCUUAAGAUUCCCAUGAUCCACUGGAAUCUCUCCACCAAGAGAAUCCUGACCAUGGAGUUUGCAGACGGGGGCCAAGUCAAUGACAGGGAUUACAUGCAGGCACAUGGCAUCAAUGUCAACGAGAUCUCAGAAAACCUGGGCAAGAUGUACAGUGAAAUGAUCUUUGUCCACGGCUUUGUUCACUGUGACCCCCACCCAGGCAAUGUGCUGGUCCGAAAGUGUCCGCAGACCAAAAAGAACGAGAUUGUUCUGCUUGAUCACGGCCUGUAUCAGGUUCUGCAACCAGACUUCAGGUUGAACUACUGUCAGCUGUGGCAGGCUUUGAUUAAGGGCGACAUGUCAGGGGUGGAGCGUUACAGCCGCAGACUGGGUGCUGGGGAUCUGUACCCUCUCUUUGCCUGUGUCCUGACUGCUCGGUCCUGGAAGGCGGUGAAUGCCGGUAUUAGUUCUGUACCUGUCACCCGUUCCGAGGACAUUGAGAUAAGGACCAAUGCAGGCCUGUACCUGCCCCAGAUCAGCGACUUGUUGAACAGAGUUCCCCGGCAGAUGCUGUUGCUGCUGAAGACCAAUGACCUACUGCGAGGCAUUGAGACCACGCUACAGACCAGGGCCUCAUCCUCAUCUUUCAUCAACAUGUCCCGCUGCUGCAUACGAGCCAUAGCCAGGCACAAGAGGACUAAAGCUCAGAGCAGGAGAAGGCGUGUGCAGAUCACGCUGGCCGAGUCUCUCAGCCUGUGGAAACUCUACAUGUAUGAACUGUUUCUGUGGCUGAAAGGAUCCAUGACUAUUCUGAUGUCAUUACUACACUGAGACAUAUUUGGAUGUCAACCUUUUUUUUAAAUUCAUCUUUUACCUCAAGUGUCCACUCAUUAGUGUUCAGAUAAUGAUUGUUACAUCGUCAUCUGUAAUUUACUCAGUAUGCUGUACGUUGCAUUUUCAGCAGGUCACUAUUGUUAGGAAUUUUAUGACAUGAAAUUUAAAAAAAAUCUCCUGUAGGUUCUGUAGUGCAGAGAUGGACCCUAAAACAUGAGCUCGGUAGGGACUAACACAUACAAAAUACAAACGGAUUAGUUAUUAGUUAGUAUUAAUUAGUUGUUAAAGGUGCAUUAUCUAAAAUUGAUGGUCAAUAGAGCUGGAAAAAUAGUAACUCUUACCAACAUCUUAUAAAACUCACCUGCAGAUAUCUACUGAGCAGCUAGCCUAAAUGCAUGUUUGGCCAACAGCAAAUUUGUGUGCAUUGUUGUCAUCUUUUUACAUGGUGGCACAUACCAAACAUGACAUCAUCAUGAGGGUGGGUGUGGCUUAGGAGGUAGAGCGGGUUUGUUUGUCAGUGGGAAGGCUGAUGGUUUGAUCCCCUCUGAGAGGCACGUGAGACAGUAUUUGUGAGAGAGAACAUCAGAUAAAUGUUGCUGUAUUAACUUUUAUUCCUCUUGUCUUCAUUGCUUACCUCCACCUCUGCAGGCUUUCUUCCACCUGCCCCCCACUCUCAGUACAGAUAAAAGUUUUAUCCACACACAUCAUAGCCAGGAGGACUCCUGCCUGAGCUCAUAUCUUUACCUGCCCAUCACCAUUGCAACCAACAGCUGAUCCCUGGCGUAGUUCCACCCCCACCUUGAUCCCAUCUGUCACUCCUAUGCACACCUCACCGCUGCCUUGCUGUUCUCAUUUAUGUCCUGUACAGCCCUCACCUGCUGCUCUGCCACUCCUAAUUUCCUCAUAUAAUAUCCCAGUUCCUCUCUUGGAAUGCUGUUGGGCUGCCAAGCGGAAUGACACCAAAAAAACCGACAGACAUAGAAAAAGAAAAUGAAGGAAAUGAAUCAUGACCCCUAGAUCAUGUGUAAAACAUUUACCGAAACAAUGUUAGGGUCAUAUGAUCCUGGUUUAUAUUUGAAUAUCAUUUUAAUGUAGGUCUGAUGUAGUACAGUUACAGAUUUCCUACAUACCGUAUGCAGUAUUGUAUGCAUCUAUCCCUCAGUCACUCGUUCAAUAGAAAUCACCUCACACUGUCCUAAACUCAUUAUUUACAAAUGUUCUUGGCAAGAAUAUCAAAAGUGGACAAAUAAAUGAUGUAAGUGAUCAUUCACCAUGUUUUAUCACAAACUGGUUGAAUCCCAUUAAAAAAUAAUUAGUCAAAAACAUAUUUUUCCUGUAAGCAGCAUCUCUGAAAUCAUUAGACUAAAAUUUUUCUAGAUGACUUAAAUGAAGCGUGCUGUCUAUAAUAACUCUUCUUAACAGAUACUGUCCAAACAAUAAAACACAACUCUUACCUCACACCUCAGUGUUGUCUCACUGUCCUCAUACAUGUCCUGCACCACCCUCACAUAUGUCUCUGCCGCUCCUGAGUUCCUAACGUAGUACCACAGUUACUUUCUAGGCACCCUAUCAUAUGUUUUCUCUAGAUCCAUAAAAAGACUUCUUGCAUUUCCUUCUGACCUUCUGUAUACUUCUCUAUUAACAAAAGUCCACUACCAUCUCUCCUGGACAUUUUUAUACCUCCACAGGUCAUCGGACUAUUUGCCUUCCCACUCUGCUUCGUAGCUACCCUUACUUUGUCCUUUCAAAUCAUCACUUCCUGAUUCUCUCUCGUGUUCUUCAUUCAUUUAGUCCCUCAGAGUAUUCCUUUUACUCCUCAACAGUGUGUUACGAAGAUGAAACACACGUGUUAGUACUCUGCUGUCUAUCCUUACUCUUAACCCACAUCACAUCAUUACAGCUUCCUCUCUCUGCCUAGCCAAUCAGUACAUGUCCUUUUCUCUGUCUGGGAUCACAUAUAACUCUAUAUUCAUACAACUAUAAGCCUUUUCAUUUCCAGUUUAUUUCGCUGUAAAACCUUGCUCUUUGCUGGUCACCUAGCAUCCCGCCACUCCUGUCUGCUUUCUCCAUUUCCCUGAUUAUUCCACUUUUCUUUGGGAAUACCUUUCUAUACUUUCUCAUUCCACCACAAGAGAGGUCUCCUUGUCUUCUUUCCUCUGUCCACGAGAUACACUAAAUACCUUCUUGACUGUUUCACUCACCACUUUGGCUCAACUUUCCCAGUCAUCUGGUAACUCUUCCCUAAAACCCAGAACCUGUCUCAGCUCCUCCUGGAUAAUAUUCUUCUUUCUUUGGUUACUGCCAUUUAGUACUUGCCUUCCCACACACCACCAGAAUACCCUAACCCAGGGGUCAGCAACCUUUAAGACCCAAAGAGCCAUUUGUACCCGGUUUCCACGCAAAAGAAAACACUGGGAGCCGCAAAUACUUUUUGACUUCUAAAA